UAUAUCCUAAAGUCGAGGUAUGUACUUUGAAUUCUCGCUUCCUGGUACAACAUCCAUCCGUUUUCUUAAGUUUAUUCAUAUUUGUCGAUGAAUGCUUUGGAGUUUGAAAAAAGAACCUGCGUCAGAAUUGUGAAGACUCAAGAAUUUUUCAGUCAAGGUAUAAUCCUUCCUACUUUGCGUUUGAGAAUAACGCAACCGUUCAUCUCCUUUGAUCUUGAAUCAUGAACGACAAGGAAGAACUAGAACCAACCGCUGGGAAGGAGAAAGAGGCCAAAGCCCUCGACUUCCCAGGUGUGCGCUUUGCAGACGAAAACAUCACAACUCAUCCCGAAAAGGAGUCGCAGGUGGUCAUAGAAAGCCUCAAAGAGAACACGGUGAAGGAUGAACGGUCUAAAGAAGAAGAGCCUGAGGUUGUGGCCGAGGUGGACUGGUUGGGCGUUCCACUGGCCAGCUCUACCCUUCCGGAUUUCGUAUCUAUGUACAGGAAGGAUUACCCUGGAUAUUCUAGAAGCGACCUGCAUGUGGAGGACCCUAGGAAGAUUGUCAGGAAGCUCAAAGGAGGAGGGAGGCAGUUACACGAGCAGUUCGAAGGCGUCGGAUGGGUGCAGAGAGACACUGUGCCAAGUGGCCAGGAGGGUGGGUACGUCAAGCAGGGCGGAGAGGUCGGGAAGGCACUGCUCCACCCACAGGGCGACUUAUGGACCACGCCCCCGCCUGUUGUAGACCGCAUCAGGAAGAAUGACCCCAUGGAAUAUCUCAACCUUUGUGAUCCCCACAAUAAAAUGCAGGUUGAAAAGGCAAUCUACCAGUGGGUAAUCCGUGACAUGGCUGCGAUGGAUGAGCGGACUACGGUAGGCCCAGCCGUCAGGACAUCUGGGUUUACUGCUAAUUCAUCACCCCAUCUUCCUCCAGUGGAAGACAGGAAUUUCAAGUCGAUUUACUAUGAAAGCUACAAUGAGGAUGCCCAGAAGGAUGACGUAGAAGGAUUACAUCCCUCCUUAAUUGGCACUGGAGUGCCACCAGCGCUCCGGUACCCAGGGUACUCUGGUACAGCUGUGAUGGACGACACGCCUUUCGCAUACCUGAGAUUGAACCCCCACGUCCUGCGAACGCAACCGGACGUGCUGAGGCAGCCACGCUCACACCAUCUAGUGCAGCGUCACAAGGAAUUCUCGAACAGCUGAAGGAUGCCCCCAGUUUUGGCGGCUCGUGCUGGGUUGCAAAAUCCCAGAUAUCAUCGGACAUCGAAUGCAGGGGAAGUCCAUAUUCCUUAGGGAAAAUUCACGAGCUGGUGGCGCACUUUGAGACCACAGGUGAGAUAUCUCAGAUGCGUGCCCAACGUUGCUUAAAACAAUUAAACUUGUAGUACUAAUGUUUGUAGGAUUACAUUUUUUGGUGUCACUUGAAAUGAAUAGAUAAGAGACAAAUGACAGAAACUC